AUGCUCGUGUCCAACGCGAGCCUGAGCGGCUGCGCGGACCUCAACGUCUCCCUGCCCGGGGACGGACACCCGGCGGUGGGCGGCUCUCCGCGCUCCACCCUCACCCCGACGGGGAACGCGGUGGUGGCCGUGUGCUUGGGCUUCAUCGGCACUUUGGGACUUGUCAACAACUUGCUGGUGCUGGUGCUCUUCUCCCGCUUCAAGGUGCUGCGCUCGCCCAUCAACCUGCUCCUGGUCAACAUUUCCGUCAGCGACCUGCUGGUGUGCGUGCUGGGGACGCCCUUCAGCUUCGCCGCCAGCACGCAGGGACGCUGGCUGAUCGGGGAGCGGGGCUGCGUGUGGUACGGCUUCGCCAACUCCCUCUUUGGUAUCGUGUCCCUGAUCUCGCUGGCCGUCCUCUCCUACGAGCGCUACUGCACCAUGAUGACCCCCACCGAGGCGGACUCCUCCGACUACUGUAAGAUCUCCUUGGGCAUCGCCCUCUCCUGGGUCUACUCCCUCAUCUGGACCCUGCCCCCGCUCUUCGGCUGGAGCCGCUACGGCCCGGAGGGACCCGGGACCACCUGCUCCGUGGACUGGAAGGCCAAGACGGCCAAUAACGUCUCCUACAUCAUAUGUCUGUUUGUCUUCUGCCUCGUCGUGCCGCUGCUGGUCAUCGUGUUCUGCUACGGGAAGCUGCUGUGCGCCAUCAGACAGGUGAGCGGGAUCAACGCCUCGAUGAGCAGGAAACGGGAGCAGCGUGUCUUGUUCAUGGUGGUGAUCAUGGUGGUGUGCUACCUGACCUGCUGGCUGCCUUACGGCGUCAUGGCGCUGCUCGCCACCUUCGGCUCGCCGGGCCUGAUCACGCCCGAAGCCAGCAUCAUCCCCUCGGUCCUGGCCAAGACCAGUACGGUCAUCAACCCGGUCAUCUACGUCUUCAUGAACAAGCAGCCUGUGACGCAGGCAGACCUCCUGAGGAUUCAGCCUUCGCGUCAGACGGUGGUCUCCUCCCUACCCUCAAUACCAAACGCCCCGAAAGGUAAGACCAACUCUACUUAG